AUGCCGCCACCAGGCGAAGGAACACGCUCACAUCGCAAAGGCUAUUAUUCGUGUGAUUUUGCAGGGCACGCAGGCUCCGAUGUGACCGCCCGUUACCGUGCACGAACUGUGUAUCGCGUGGAAAGACGUGCCACUUUGGCCCCUCGGCCGCAGCAGCCUCCCUCAAGCAUUCCUCCCCAUUCUACGGCCCCAUCUCUGGUAUCUCCGGCAGGUAGUUCUGAUCAAGGACAGUUACUCGAGGAAUUGCAGUCGCUCCGGAGGCUAGUCACCGACUCGGAAAGGUGUGUGGUUCAGACCACCAACCACCGGUCUCAUGGUGGGGACAUUCAGUCGACCAGCUCGGCCCAAGCACACGUGGAUCUGCGGGGAUCGCCGGGCCUCGACCAGGUCAAGGAGAUGGUGGCCCAGCUGGAGCGGGUUUCGAUGGUCCAGAGCUCUCGGGAGCCAAUCUACGUCGACGACCUCGUAUUCAAGGUCGAGCACAUCCGGAACAUCCCACGAGCUCCGAGUUUCACGGUGCAGGGGGGCAAACCAGCACGUUGCGUAUGGCUGCCACUCCAAGACGAGGCUCGGGUUAUUCUUGACAAAUUCAUUACCAACGUCAGCUACAUACACCAUGUCGUACACCAUCCUUCUCUUCCGGCCACGAUCGAUGACUUCUAUCGGCAGAUCGAGAGCCGGGGGCCGAUCAAGCCAGGCCAUCUUGUUCUACUUCUCGGCAUUAUCGCCAGUACGACCGAAGUAUGGUCACGGCACGAUGAUGUCGAGACCAAGGGCUCUAUUUUCCCAUCUGCCCUCCAUGCGAAUGCGCAAACUCCCCUGUGGAUUAAGGCCGCAAUGGACGUUCUCAAGAGCGGCCAAAAUGGUCCGGCGCUUGCGCUGGAGGCAGUUCAGGGAAUAAUACUGUUAUCCUUCGUCGUGUGCAACACGGAAGGGGUUUCUUUCCGUUACCGGUCAUUAUUAUCUACCGGUCUAUUAUUGAGCCGUGAGCUAGGGCUACAUCGCAUCGAUCACGAGUCAAACGCAGUCACCGCGAAUACAGUCCCAGCCGAGAUCGGCCGUCGCGUGUGGUGGUACCUCGUUGCUACUGACUGGCUCUUGGCUGUGAUAUAUGAUGGCCCAAGUGAGGGUGUGUACCUGGCUCACCAACGGCACAUGAUAGUCAACAAACCACGCAACAUAAACGAUAUAGACCUUGUGGACAAUGGCGCAUCCGCAUGGCAGAAAUCGCACGGGACAUCGUUGACCACAGCCCAAUGGCCACGACCGGCUCUGGUGGGCCAGGCUACUCUGCGCAGAUCAUGGGAAUGGACUUCCAACUUGAUCAAAUUCAUUCAUGAUAUUCCUUCCUUCUUCAACCUCGACAAUUACGAGAACAACCCGGAGUCCACGUCCACCAGCAUUUUCGUUCACGCCUAUCUGCUCAACUUGGUCAUCCAUACCCAACGGUGUAAACUGCACCUUUGGUACCUCACAUCCGGUCCGAAUAACAACAACCCGGCGUACACCACUUCACGAGACAUCUGCCUCGAGUCCGCACGCCAGCUUACACGAGCCGAAUCGCAGCUCGAACGCGCCCAGCACCCUUUCGUACUCAUACGGUUUCGCUUAUCGGCAAUGCUGUAUGGCGUCUUUCUAGCUAGCAUCGCAUUGCUGAUGGACGCAUACAUCAACAGGUCAGGCUCAUUGCAGGAUGAAAUCCGUCAUGGCGAUGUAGCCGAAGCUCUACAUAUCGUCGAGAGUGCACGAAGCCACUCUUGGGCUGCAGAGAAUCUUCAUCAGUCGCUCACACAAGUUUUGGCUAAAUAUCGCGCCCAACACCCGCAGCAACCAUCCACGCAAGCUCCAUCAACCCUUCUUCCAAUGCCCAGUGUGUCUACUGCUACUUCUACGCCAGUGACGAAUGUUGCAACCACUCGAAUGGCCCCAAGCCCCGAUCAGCUACCGCCCAUGCUAGAUCAACUCCCGGUACCCAUCAGUCAACCACCAUAUAGCAAUCAACUGGCUCAGAGUCUGGAGGAAUUGAUGCAUGCAGAUGGUUUUCAGUGGGAUGACUUGUUUCCAGGUAUUCAUUCAGCCUCAUUUUUUUGA